CCCCUCCUUCCUGUCUCCACCAGCUUCCUCUGCUCCUCUCUAAACCACUCUUCUUCUCGCCCCUCUUCUUAAUUCUUAUUCCCCACAUAACGGAACUCCCAAAUCCACCGACACUCCAUGUCGAACGACGAGGUAACAGUGGCUAACGGCGUCAUAGUCGAGCACACGUCAGCAACAAACAAAGGAACUCUUAACGCCGUCAAGAAACCACCGGCUAAGGACCGACACAGCAAAGUCGACGGUAGAGGGCGGCGGAUUCGCAUGCCAAUCAUAUGCGCGGCUCGAGUUUUCCAGCUGACGAGGGAGCUAGGUCACAAAUCCGACGGCCAGACCAUCGAGUGGCUCCUCCGUCAAGCCGAGCCUUCUAUCAUAGCCGCCACGGGAACAGGCACAACCCCGGCGAGUUUCUCCACCGCUUCUCUCUCCACUUCUUCCCCCUUCACGCUCGGAAAGCGCGUAGUGCGAGCGGAGGAGGGAGAAUCCGGCGCCGGAGGUGGUGAAUUAUCGGUUGGACACACGAUGGGGGCUUCUGGUGGUGGUGGGUUCUGGGCGGUUCCGGCGAGGAAUGAUUUCGGACAAGUGUGGAGCUUUGCCGCCGGAGCUCCGCCGGAGAUGUUGUUUACACAGCAGCAGCAACAGCCAGCUACACUCUUCGUCCGACACCAGCAACAACAGCAACAGGAAGCUUCUGCUGCAGCUGCAAUGGGUGAGGCUUCAGCAGCUAGAGUUGGGAACUAUCUUCCGGGUCAUCAUCUCAACUUGCUUGCUUCUUUGUCGGGUGGGAAUACCGGGUCGGGUCGGAGGGAGGAGGAGGAUGACUCACGUUGAAAAAAGGUUCCAUUUGGGUAUGUAUAGAAAACUCGUGUGUUUCAUGUCCUACUUUUGUGUUCUUUGUGCUCAGCUUUAGUUAAUUUAAAGGUUAUUAUUAUUUGUUCGAUUAGGGAUUAAGAAUAUUUGGUCUCAGAAUUUGUUUAAGAGAGUGACAGUGAGAUGGAUUGGUUGAUUGUUGUUUACUAAAAAACGCCAUAAAGAAGAGCAACAAAAGGCUCUUUGUACUGUUUGUGCGUGGUUUCUUUUAUGAUUCUAGUUUCAGUGAAGUUGAGCCCACGGGUACUAUUGAAUA